AUGGAUUUGUCUUGUGGCGAGAAUAUCCCGAAUUCCGGCAAUCACAGCGGCGGCAGCUCUGGUGCUGUGGACAUGUGCGUCGCUGGACCAGAUCGCGCCUUGGACCGUGAUCCCCGACUACUGCUGAACCUCCUGACUUUGGAGCGGUCGCACGCGCUGCACACGGAUUACUUUCAACACGUACAGAUUGACAUUCAACCAUUUAUGCGGAAGGUCGUCACAACUUGGAUGUUGGAGGUUUGCGAAGAACAGCAGUGUGAGGAGCAAGUGUUCCCUCUGGCUGUGAGCUACAUGGACAGGUUCCUAGCACAACGCGCCAUCUCGCGGCAGCAGCUGCAACUCCUGGCCGUGACCUCGAUGUUACUGGCCUCAAAGUUCCGACAGUGUCAACCACUUUCUGUGGAUUUACUCUGCGCCUACACCGAUAACUCUGUUCACCCCAACGAAGUCAGGCAAUGGGAAGUCAUGCUUCUUCAGCGUCUAAACUGGCAGCUGUCAAUCGCGACAGCUUUCGACUUCGUGGAGCCAUUCCUCGCGCGGGUACCAUGGGGCCGAGGGAACGCUCUUGUGCGUACCCAUGCCCUCACCCUGACAUCAGUCUGCUAUACCGUCGAGUGCCAACCGCUAAUCCGGGUGUUCGAGUGCGAUCGUUGGUUCGGGGACGGUGUCACGGCCGCGGCCGCGAGCCCCGCCGGCCGACAGCUGACUGGCGACAAUGCCCGAAGACGUCCCGGCCAUUGUUCGACCCAGACCGAGUUCCUGUUGGUGCCGCCGUCUUUGGUUGCGGUCGCGUGCAUUACCGCCGCGGCGCGCGGUCUCAGGGUGCGCAUGUCCGUUGGCGAGCUGUGCGCGAUGACGCGGGCGCCCGCCGCCGCCGCCGAGCUGGUCGCGAGGCACGUGGAACGGGUGCUGGCCAGGGAGACCCAGCCCCAAGAGCCGAGGGCGAGGCACCUGCAGCCCGCGAAACAGAGCAGCCCCGAGCAGACGCAGCUGCCCGACACACCGACAGACGUGCAGGACGUGCGCUUC